GACAUGAUCAUGCUAAAAAGGGACAUAAAGCCACAAAGUGACAGGCCACGGAAAGUCCGGUUUCGGAUCGCGUCCUCUCACAGCGGGCGGGUUCUGAAAGAGGUGUAUGAAGAUGGGCAGCCAUCCGGCUCUCUGGAUUCUGAAUGUGCCAGCAUCUGUGGGAUAGAUGGACUGAGCGAGCCUGACGGACAGCAGAAUGGCCACAUAGGAUCGGAGGGUGAUGAGUAUGAGAACGACCAGGACAACUUGCUGGUGUUAGCAAGGGCUGCCAGCGAGAGGGGUUUUGGGACACGAAGAGUCAACAUUUUAAGCAAAAAUGGCACAGUCAGAGGCGUCAAGUACAAAGUGAGUGCCGGCCAAGCUCUAUUUAACAAUUUGGCCAAAGUCCUGCAGCAACCAUCAGCUGACCUAGAAUUUGACCGUGUGGUGAUUUAUACCACUUGCCUUCGUGUGGUACGGACAACCUUCGAAAGAUGCGAACUGGUUAGAAAGAUCUUCCAGAACCAUCGAGUAAAAUUUGAGGAGAAAAACAUAGCUCUGAAUGGUGACUAUGGAAAAGAGUUAGAUGAGCGGUGCCGGCGUGUCUCGGAAGCCCCUUCCCUCCCCGUUGUGUUCAUCGAUGGCCAUUACCUUGGGGGUGCUGAGAAAAUUUUGUCAAUGAAUGAAUCAGGAGAACUGCAAGACCUCUUAACCAAAAUUGAGAGAGUGCAGCAUCCGCAUGAGUGUCCCUCCUGCGGAGGCUUUGGCUUCCUGCCCUGCUCCGCCUGCCACGGGAGCAAGAUGUCAGUGUUCCGAAACUGCUUUACAGACUCUUUCAAGGCCCUGAAGUGCACCGCCUGCAACGAGAACGGUCUUCAGCGCUGCAAGAGCUGUGCUGGUUAGAGGGGACUCUUGCCCAGGGAGCACC